UACUCGCUACUGACUAUGGGAUCAACGGCCGCACCCAGCAGAGUCAAGAAGACAGACAUCACGCGCAGGCGGACUGGCUGCCAAACAUGCCGACACCGGCGGCGAAAGUGUGAUGAAACGCGGCCCAAGUGUUUAUCCUGUGUCCAGAGAGGCGUCGAAUGCGGCGGCUAUGAGCGCCGCAUCGCCUUCAAGGAUGUCUCGGCCGCCACCGCUGACUACUCCAAGAGGAUCGAAGAGGCCCGAUGGUCGGCACUGCGACUCCGGGAUACGAAUAAGAAGAGGGUGAAGGGGAAGCACUCCGUCGCUGAGCCUCUGAUGCAGCGGGAUGGUGAGGCAGAUGCCCAGCAACAGCUCGAACAAGACGACGACGACAGCCAGGCGGACUUGGAGCUGAGCAUGGGUGGAGCUUCUGAUCCCGAGAGCCAGUCUUCACUUCUUCAAUCUCAAGCUCCAGCAGCAACACCCACUCUUGAUUGCCAGCAACUGGAGCAAGACACGCGCGCAGCAGAAGACUCCUUGGACACGGCAUUUUCACCCUCCAGAGUCAAUUUCGACACCGCUCUCGACUUUCUAGUCCAGACUCCCUUUCUGGGGCCUCAAGGCGAAGCGACUCCAGCCGACCAGGUCGAUGAUGCAUGCACGGUCCUGACUUCACCAUUCCCAAUGCCUUUGGCCGUGGAGGAAGCCAACGAUGAGCCCUUUGAGCCUAUCCACGGUGAAGAUGAGGCGUCUAUGAUAAAUCUCUCGCUCAAAUCCGGGAUGCAUGGUCAGCAAAGCUUCCAAGAUAAUGGUGGUUUGCGGGAUGGCUUGGCGCUGGCCUCACUGCCAUGGGGCAACGUCUUGGUAACCAGGGAAGACGACCAGCCAACACUGCUCGACAUGCCGCCAUGUCCUCACCCUGCCCAGAUGCCCAGUCUUAAACUUCCCACAGAGAAUAUCCUCCUACAAAACUUUGAAAUCCAUCUAGCGCCAACGAUCUUUGGAGAAAGGACACCUCUAAACAUGCUCCAAGCGGGCAACUCCCUUCGUGCAGCAGCACUCGCACUUUCGGUCAGCCAUAUGGAACUGGGCCACGAUUCCAUCACGCAGUCACUGCGUCUCUCUCCAAGCGAUGGUUUACGCUACUACGACCUCGCCAUGAGGGACAUGGCCCAUCGGCUAGAGCAGCCAGGCCGACACCACGACGAGCAGUUGGUCGGCACUACGCUUCUCCUAGCCUACCGCGAUCUGACAGUUGGAUCGAUUCGGGACGUUCAACACCACUUGCGCAAGCUCCAAUCCAUAAUGUCCAAUUCUAAACGGAUAUCAGCUCACGCCAUGGCCUUGUUCAAGGCAUCCCGCAUACUACAGUACGACUUUAGGCUGACGCGGAAUCCCACACGAAAGUCUACCACAGCCUUUGAUGCGUCAGAGCUCCAAGUGCUUCUUGACCCGCAGCUUGCGAUCCGCGAUAUACUGGCUCGCCUCACUCACCUGUACGGGCGCUACUCGAUGGAGGCGUCAUUUCGCACUGAUGAUGGUGGCUACGGCGAGGUCGGGGCCUCCUCCAAAGCUGUUCAGUGGAUACAGCAGAUGCUCAACCGCCAGUGUGACUUUCACCAGUUUCAGCAGAGAGAUUAUCACGAUCAAGAUCUGACGGAAGAGGAGUUACAAGAUCAAUUUGAUAUCCUAUCUCAGCGUCUCGAUGUGUGGCACCAUGGCCUUUGUGACCACGACAUGCCCCGACCUAAUCUUGGGACAGAGGAGGAUUUCGUAGUCGCGAAUCCCCUCGGCACGAUCAUGACCUUUCGAUUCGCAAGCGAGCACAAAGCCGUGGACUACUUGCUCUAUCUCCUCUCGCGGCUCAUCUGUAGCCGCUUACAGAGCAUCUUGAGAGGCAAGAGGACCAACGCCCACGGUCAAGCUUGGGGCAGGGUCAUGCUCGGCAUAAUGGCGUCGAUGGACGUCGACAGGCAAAAGAUUUCGUUACAUAGUAUAGAGAACCUGCUACUCGCCAUGAUUGAGGUGAGCGAGGGGACUGAUCUCCCCAUGGCUAUCCUGCACACCUUUAUUCCUCGCUUCUCCUCGUCCUGCUGGAACUCGCAAGGAGCGGCCUCUUGGGCUUUUGUUCGGCAAACCGCCGAGCUCGUAAUUCGUGAGAGGCUCUGUGGCAAGGACGUUUGCAGCAACACAAUGCCACCUCUUCCUCCUUCCCGCCGCGGAGAGCGCAACGUUCAUGAGAUGCUCAUGAUUGAUCUCGGCCGCGAGGUGGAAAAGAAUGCAUACCAUCAUAUCAAGAACCCCAAUGGAAUCAUCGAUCUGGGCUCGGCCGUCAAUUGCAACAUGCGAGAUGUGCUGGGGCCUUGGGUCCAGCGUCGUUUGAGCAAGAAACAGAUCAAAGAAUCUCUCGAUUACAACGACACUCAAGGCAGCCCGGAGCUUCUGCAGGCUGUUGCUAGUUUCGUAAACCUCUUCUUCCGAUGUCGCUACCCGCUAGUCCCCUCCAACGUGCUCGCCGCCAACGGCUGCACUAGCUUGCUCGACUCCCUAGCAUUCAGCAUCGCGGAUGAAGGGGAUGUCAUCCUUCUGCCGACGCCGAGCUAUGGGAUGUUUGCCCAUGACCUGACGGCCAGGAAUGGAGUUCGCCUUGUUCAUGUUCCGUGCGAUGACAUUCCUCAGGAUCGGUUCACGGCAGAUGCACCUCUCGACGACUCAAGCUGGAGCUCCCUUCUUGCGCGCCGCCUGGAGAGUUACAUAACACAGGAGCGUGCUCAAGGAUCUAAAGUAGCAGCUGUCCUUCUCACCAAUCCCGAAAACCCUCUAGGUCGUUGCUACAGUCCCGAUGUCCUUUUACAAGUAUCCCAGGUCUGCGGGCUGCACCAGGUUCAUCUAAUCGUUGAUGAGAUAUACGCCUUUACUGGGGGCAAUGACUUUACCAGCAUCCUGAGUCUCGACACCGCUAUGAACCGUGAGAACGUCCACGUCUUGUGGGGCAUGAGCAAGGAUUUUGGCCUCGGCGGUCUGAGGCUGGGAUUCCUCUUCACAUACAACAAACGAUUAUACGAGACCAUGAGGACCCUGAGCAUGUUCGGUUGGGUUUCCGCCUUCAGCGCCAAAGUCAGCACCGAGGUCUUGUCCGAUCAUGACUAUCUGUCACGGCAGUUCUUUCCGUUGCUUCAGCAGAGGUUACUCGUGGCUGGUGAGCCUGGCGAGAAGGAGAAGCGUAACAAGAGUCAUAUGAAGAACUGGGCCAUGUCAUCUUUCUUUUAUAGCACGUAG